AGGCAUCUUUAGGAGGGACAGGAGGACGUUUGCCAGCACCCCCAAAGCGGAGGAAGGUGAAAAACAAACCGUAAUCUCUGGCUUUUAGCCAGAAAUGAAAACCCCCACUUUUUUCUUCCCAUUUCAGAUUUUUAUCAACAAUGAGUGGCAGAAUUCAGAGAGUGGGAAAAUAUUUCCUGUAUUCAAUCCUGCAACAGGAGAGCAGAUCUGCGAUGUGCAAGAAGCCGACAAGGCGGAUGCGGACAAGGCGGUGGGGGCCGCUCGGCUGGCCUUCGCGCUGGGCUCGGUCUGGCGGAGGAUGGACGCCUCCGAACGAGGACGCCUCCUAGAGAAGCUGGCUGACCUGGUGGAGCGAGACCGGGCCCUCCUCGCUACCAUGGAGUCGCUGAACAGUGGGAAGCCAUUCCUCCAGGCUUUCUACGUUGACCUUCAUGGCGUCAUCAAGACCUUGCGGUAUUUUGCUGGUUGGGCAGACAAGAUUCAUGGGCUGACCAUCCCGGUGGAUGGAGAUUAUUUCACCUUUACAAGGUAUGAACCCAUCGGCGUGUGUGGACAGAUCAUCCCCUGGAACUUCCCACUCCUGAUGUUUGCAUGGAAGAUUGCACCCGCCCUUUGCUGCGGCAACACAGUGGUCCUCAAGCCGGCCGAACAAACCCCACUCACCGCCCUCCACCUGGGUGCCCUCAUCAAGGAGGCGGGGUUUCCUCCGGGCGUGGUCAAUAUUUUGCCAGGAUUCGGACCCACCGUAGGGGCAGCUAUUGCUUCUCAUGUGGGGAUCGAUAAAGUUGCCUUCACAGGGUCCACAGAGGUUGGAAAGCUGAUUCAAGAAGCAGCUGGCAGAAGCAACUUGAAGAGGGUGACUCUGGAACUCGGGGGAAAGAGCCCCAAUAUUAUCUUUGCAGAUGCAGAUUUGGACUACGCAGUAGAGCAGGCCCACCAAGGGGUCUUUUUCAACCAGGGCCAGUGCUGCACGGCUGGCUCCCGGAUCUAUGUGGAGGAGCCCAUCUACGAGGAGUUUGUCCGGAGGAGUGUUGAACGGGCCAAAAGGAGAGUUGUGGGGAGUCCCUUUGACCCAACUACGGAGCAAGGACCACAGAUCGACAAGAAACAGUACAACAAAAUCCUGGAGUUGAUCCAGAGUGGAGUGGCCGAAGGAGCCCGGCUGGAAUGUGGGGGCAAAGGCUUGGGCCACAAGGGAUUCUUCAUCGAACCCACGGUUUUCUCCAAUGUGACCGAUGACAUGCGCAUUGCCAGGGAAGAGAUCUUCGGGCCUGUUCAAGAAAUCUUGCGGUUCAAAACCAUGGAAGAAGUGAUCGAGAGAGCCAACAACUCUGACUUUGGGCUGGUAGCGGCCGUCUUUACCAGCGACAUCAACAAGGCACUGACGGUCUCCUCCGCCAUGCAGGCGGGCACUGUCUGGAUAAAUUGUUACAAUGCCUUAAAUGCCCAGAGUCCUUUUGGGGGUUUCAAGAUGUCCGGCAAUGGAAGAGAAAUGGGCGAAUGCGGGCUGCGAGAAUACUCCGAGGUGAAGACGGUGACCAUAAAGAUUCCCCAGAAGAACUCGUAAGGGAAGAGGAAGGUGCCCGGCUCCGCAGCACCAGACGGGCCUCUGUACUCCUCUAGAGGGACUAAGCACUCAGGAAUUUUUAAGAAGUGACACUGAUGUUUGUUUUUUUAAAACAUAGCAUUGCAACCAGGUUCAUUAUUCAACUUGAUGGUUCUUCUCCACUGCUGACACUGUACUCCUUUGAUCUUGUGCACUAGAAAACCCUUUUAAAACGUCUGAGCUCGAUCGCUGACCAGUGUUCCCACACAGAGACACACGUGCACACAGCCUCCUCAGCCUGACCAGAAAGGCCGCUUUUAUAGGUUUUUUGGCUUGGUGUGAUGCCGGGGGAGGAGAAGGCAGGACGUGGCCCACUGCCACGGCUGGAAACGAGCCACUGGCCACAGAGAGCCGCUCUUCUCUCUGGGCAAAGCAUCCAGACAGGUCUUGAACGCGCCCUGGGCUCCUGAUCCACUGCCUGUGCCGUCGCC